GCCUGGAGGGACCCGGAAGGCCCCGGAUGAAGAGCGCGGUUACACUCGGGUUGCCAACAAGGUCUAGAACGUGGGGGGAGGGGUGCGGGGCGGGCAAGCAUGAGGCGGAGUUAGGGACCGGGCCCGGGCGAAGCUGAGAUUGGGGUACAGGGUCGGCUCCGCCACACAUAAGCUCAAGGGCCGGACUUCGGUAAGAGGCUAAAGCCAUGUGGGUCAGGACAACACUGACGAUCGAAAGAUGGACUGAAGAAAACAAGGCCGAGAAGGCGUUGGCCAAAGCCUGGGCCGAGAAGAACGGUGUAAACAGGUUACCAUGCUGGGAGAGAGGAGCCCUGCUGGCUGGUGUGCCUUCUAGCACUGAUGCAUCUACCCUUUCGGCUGAAGGUGGGCACGGUGGGAGUCCAGGAGGGAACUGCAGGAAGAUGCCUUGUCCUCUCUGCUCUGGUGACCUCAAAGAUGCUGAGAGGUGCUGCUGGCAACAUAAGCAAUGUGGUGGGCAUCUCAUCCAUCCCUACACUGCAGACUGUGGCCACCACAACCUGCACCUGCAUACUGUUGGCCAUUGUGACUGUGAUACCAGGCUGAAGGACUGCUCAGAGAAGGUAGAUGGCACCAGCUCCCGAAAUCCGGGCCCGACCUGCUCCCGAGAUGGAGGCCCAACCUGUUUCAACAUCAUCCAGACCCCUUGCUUUGAAGUUAUACCAGAGGAGGAGUGUGCGGACCAAUUCUGGUGCAAAAACUACAGGCCCGUCUCUGUGGCAGUGAUCCACCAUCCCUUCCACCAUGAAUGCGGAGCAGAUGACUUAAAUGUGGAAGAGGAGGAGGCCGAGGAGGAGGAGGAGGAGGAGGAGGAGGAGGAAGAAGAAGAAGAAGAAGAGGAAGAAGGAAGUAAAUCUCCCAUCCCCAACCAGACGGGUUCUGCCUCACCCACAGAGACAGGCCCAGUCACAGGCACCGCGGACUCUACAGCUCCCAUCACCAUCUGGCGCUCCGAGAGCCCCACAGGGAAACCCCAGGGCAACAAGACUAUCAAGAAGAUCAAGAAGAAAAAGGAAAAAGAGAAAGAAAAGGAGGAGGACACGGAUGAGAAGAUAAAACCUAAAAAAAAGAAGAAGAGCAAGUUGAUAAAGAAGAAAAGCGCUGUUAAAGCGGAAUCUUCACCUCCAGACAGCCGAUCUCUAUGCCCGAGAGAGCUGGCUAGGACGUCUGAGUCCAGCCCUGAAAGCCGGGAAGAGUUGGAGAGUGAGGACAGUUACAAUGACCCCAAGCGGGAAAUAUUCUCCCCCAGUGAAGAUAUCGUGGAGUCAUUGCCCAGGAAGAAAGACAAAAACUUGCCCCAGGCCAAGAAGCCCGGAGCAAAGACCUCAUCGACCAAGAAGGUGAGCAAGAGAAAAUCUCCCCCAGCAUCAAACCCCAAUCUCAGUUGAGGCCCAGGAGACCAGGUGAAGAAUAAACAUGUUCACGCCUGUCGUUGAGCACCCCCUUCUGCUGUUCUCUCUCCCUCUCACUGGGUUCCUUUGGGGGGUUGGGGAGGGCUUUGGGCUUAGCUGGAGCCAAGGGAAGAAUGGGCUGCAGGGUUCUUGAAGGCAUCCAUCUUUGGCGAGAAGUCCAUGGAAAGGAGGUAG